CAUUUCAAUUACUCAACACAAUAUCGUAAAUAUAACAAUCUUAUUUAUUUAUUUCAAUUAUCCGAGUCUUACACAUGGGCGGUCAAAGCUUGAGAUACCCUCUAAAUCAUUCAGAGACUACGAUGGUCCGUGCAGCGAAGCCUCUGAUAGCAUGGGCGGAUUUAAUCGACCGCAUAACUAUACUCUUAUAAGAGCAUUUCUGAAACCUAAUGAGUGACAGUGCCGGCGAUUGAAAUCAUCUUCGGCGCUGAUUCGGUUGUUUCUCUUCGCGUCACAUUCUGCUUCAUCAGGAGUGUACUGGCUGGUUCUUUCGGUUUGGUGGGUUUCCGUGUGGGAUCAGCAGUGCAGAAAACGUCUUGGAUGAAAUCUCCAUGUCUGGUUUCAUUUGGACAACUAUGAAGUUUGUGAGAUUUUUUUCUCUAUCGUAGUUCGUGGAGAUUGAAUGUGUUCCUGUUGUAUGGUUGAUGGACUAUCCAGUUUUUCCAGAGUUGGCCUAGUGUAAAUCAUCGUGCAUACCAAGUGUUCGAUGAAAUGCGUCAAAGAGACUUUAGAAUAUUUUCUUAGAAUAUCGCGCUACAAUCGUGGUUCUUCGUAAAUUUCUGCGCUUUUUGCUCUAGAAAGAUAUCUCUCCAAAAAAAAAACUGUAAUGGGUAGUAAGGCAAAGAUGUUCAAGUGGUCCCAAACGAUCACGCCUGCUCAGGUUGUCAAACUGAUGCGAGCUGAAAAGGACGUGGAGAAAGCUACUUCAAUUUUCAACUCCGCAACAGCAGAAUAUGCAAAUGGGUUUUGCCAUGAUCAGAGUUCUUUUGGUUAUAUGGUCUUAAGGUUAGUGUCUGCUAAUAAAUUCAGAGCUGCUGAGGAUCUGGUUGAAAGAAUGAAGAAGGAGAGUUGUGUCAUUAACGAAGAUAUACUACUUUCCAUAUGCAGAGGGUAUGGUCGUGUUCAUAGGCCACUAGAUUCUUUGCGGGUCUUCCACAAGAUGAAGGAUUUUGGUUGUAAUCCCACCCAGAAGUCCUGCAUUACAGUUUUUGCCAUUCUCGUGGAAGAGAAUCAGUUAAAGGUGGCGUUUAGGUUUUACAAGUACAUGAGAGAGGUAGGCUUACAACCUACUGUUGCUUCUCUCAAUGUUCUGAUCAAAGCUCUCUGCAGAAAUGGUGGAACAAUUGAUGCUGGUCUCAAGAUUUUUCGUGAAAUGCCUAAACGUGGAUGUAACCCAGAUUCCUAUACUUAUGGCACCCUGAUUAAUGGUUUGUGUCGAUUUGGAAGGAUAGCUGAGGCGAAGUGUUUAAUUAAGGAGAUGGGGGAAAAAGAUUGUGCACCAAGUGUUGUUACCUAUACGUCUUUGAUUCAUGGUUUGUGUGAAUCCAAAAAUGUCAUGGAAGCAAUGGGGUUGCUAGAAGAGAUGAAAUGUAAAGGCAUCGAACCAAAUGUUUUCACUUACAGUUCUCUGAUGGAUGGUCUUUGCAAAGAUGGGCGUGCCUUGCAAGCCAUGGAACUGUUCGAGAUGAUGGUGGCUAGAUCCUGCAAGCCCAACAUGGUAACCUAUAGCACAUUGAUCACUGGUCUAUGUAAAGAGCAGAAGCUUCAGGAGGCUACUGAGCUUCUUGAUAGGAUGAAGCUUCAGGGUCUGAAACCAGAUGCUGGAUUGUAUGGAAAGACAAUAAGUGGUUUCUGUGGUGUCAGCAAGUUUCGUGAGGCUGCCAACUUCCUCGAUGAGAUGAUUCUUGGGGGAAUAACGCCGAAUCGUUUAACUUGGAGCAUCCAUGUGAGGAUAAACAAUGAAGUAGUACGAGGUCUGUGUACAAGUGAUCCAAGUCGCGCAUUUAGUUUGUAUCUAAGCAUGAGGACUAGGGGUAUCUCGGUUGAGGCUGAGACAUCAGACUCUCUGGUGAAGUGUUUGUGCAAAAAGAGAGAACUGCAGAAAGCUGUUCAAAUAGUCAACGAGAUGGUAACUGAUGGGUGUAUACCGGACAAAGGAACAUGGAAAUUGCUGGUAGGUCAAACAUUGGAGAAAAUGGUUGUGCAAGAAGCUUCAGAAUCGCUCCUUAGAGAAUUUGAGAUCCAAGAUCAAGAUUUGUGAAUCUGAUUAUUGGGGGCAUGGCU